AUGUCUGUUUUGAACACACGCAACCUCCGCGUGAUAGUGGCGGCUUUUGUCGUCUUCACUGUGGUGACGUACUUUGCCGUGUCAGCUGGCCACUAUACAGAGUCUGCUGCCAGGGUGAAGCCUCCUGCCAACUCGGAUCUCUUGGAAGCUGGAAACACCUUGCAAGGUUCUGCUCACAAGGGCGUGGAGGCGCCUUACAAGGCCAGUCCUAAUGUCCAGGGAAAUAAGGCCGACAAGCUUGAUGCCGAAAAGCCAGCAGAGAAGCCAGUGGAUAAGCCAGUCGCCGAUGCAUCUCCAGAGAAGCCAGUGGCUGAUAAACCAGCUGCUGAUAAGCCCGUGGAAAUUCCAGCAGAGAAGCCUCAAAAGGGUGCCUCUGGAGCUUGUGAACAGACCGACUACGUGAUCAUGAUCGACGCUGGAUCCAGUGGAUCUCGUGUCCACGUGUACUCCUUUGACACCUGUGUGUCUCCUCCAAGAGUGCUCAACGAGGAGUUCAAGAUGCUCAAACCAGGUCUUUCUUCUUUUGACACUGAUACCAAGGGUGCUGCUGCCUCGUUGGACCCCUUGUUGGAGGUGGCAUUAAACACCGUCCCUAAGGACAAGCAGUCUUGUACCCCAGUGGCAGUUAAGGCCACAGCUGGUCUUAGAAUGUUGGGAGCUGAGAAAUCGGACGCCAUUUUGAAGGAGGUUCGUAACCACUUGACCAAGGACUAUCCUUUCGCCGUUGUGGAAGGAGAUGGUAUCUCCAUUAUGGACGGUAAGGACGAGGGUGUUUACGCCUGGGUCACUACCAACUACCUUUUGGGUAACAUCGGCUCCUCCGAGAAGCUUCCUACCGCCGCUGUUUUUGACCUUGGCGGUGGUUCUACACAGAUUGUUUUCGAGCCUGAGUUCAGUGAUGCCAACGAUGUGUUGGCCGAGGGUGACCACAAAUACAAGUUCACUUUCGGUGAUAGAGACUUUGAGCUUUACCAAUUCUCCCACUUGGGCUACGGCUUGAUGGAAGGAAGAAAUAAGGUCAACGCUGCUGUCAUCAAGGCCGCCAAGGACACCACCUUAACGAAACACCCAUCCAAGGCUGCCGCCAAGGAAGCCACCGCUGCAUCCACCCUCAUGAAUCCCUGCAUUCCUCCUGGUAUUUCGGCCAAAGACAUUUUGGUUCAGGCUUCUGAGGACGAGUUCUACAAGGUGAACUUCGAGGGUCCUAGCGAGCCUUCCGCUGCGAGAUGUAGAUUCUUCGCCGAAGAGGUGUUGAACAUGGAGGCAGAGUGUAAGCAGAAGCCUUGUUCCUUCAACGGUGUGUACCAGCCCUCGCUUGUCAAGGCUUUCCAUAAAACCUCUGACAUGUUCGUCUUCUCCUUCUUCUACGACAGAACCAACCCCUUGAGCUUCCCAAGCUCCUUCACCGUUGAAGAAUUGAGAGAUUUGACCUCCGCUGUUUGUAAGGGUCUGAGCACUUGGAAGACCAUUUUCCAGACCGAGGAAUUGCAGCAGCUCAACGAGGAGCCUCAGUGGUGUCUUGACUUGUCCUUCAUCUCAGCCAUGCUCCACACAGGUUACAAUAUCCCCUUGAAUAGAGAGUUGAGGACAGCUAGAAAGAUUGCUGACAACGAAAUCGGUUGGUGUCUUGGAGCAUCGUUGCCAUUGUUAGACCCCAAGACCGGCAACUGGAAGUGCCGUAUACUGGAGACCAAGUAA